AUGAUGUCUUCGGCGGCGUUCGAGCGCUCCUUGAGAGGGGGGGCAUCAUCUUCGUCCUCGUCGAUGGCUACCUCCUCCUCCUCCUCCUCGACAUCCUCGCUGAGGCCCCCCAAGAAGAAGAGCGUCACGUGGGACGACGACGAGGUGCUUCCGGACGACAGCGGCGGCGAAUCCGGCGUGCUUCGGAACAGUAGCAUCGCCUGCACCAACACCAACAACGGGGGUGUAGCAGCAGCAGCAGCCGGGGCAGGUGCAAUCCACGAGCCGCAGAGCUUCGACCACCUCCGAGUGCCGGCCAAGCCUUCGGCGAGCAGCACCCGAAUCGUCGACGCGGCCGCGAACCAACACCACCUCGGCGCGGGCUCGGCUGGCGGCGGCGGCGGCCUGUUAGCCUCCGCCCGCAAGAGGGUGGGAGCGGCGGAGCAGACGCGAGGCAUCCAGAUGGGGCCCCUACGAGUGCGGACCCCGGCCAAACCCAAGCGGUCUCGCGCGGACGCGACGCCCUUCCACGCCCCGUCCUCUUCUUCCGUUCCCGCUCCCAGCGCGGGCGCCACACACAACUACCUCCGGCGCGGCGGCGGCACGGCGGCGGCGGCAGCCGCAGCGGUCGCGUCGUCGCCGACUAAUAGAUCGUCUCCUACUUCCGCCGCCGGUGCCGCUGCCCGCCGCCCGAGGAGUCCAAGCCUGGCAAGGUCGCCUACUGCCGCCGGUGCUGGCAGAUCAUCUCCCCCGCUCCAUCUAAGUAGAAUCCCUCGCGCCGCCGAGCCGACUGCUGCCAGGCCCGGCGCGGCGGCUACACCCGGGGCCGCAGGCAGCACCAGGAAUCGCAGCAGCCCCCGUCGGCAGAGGCACAUGUCCUCGAGCCAAGCGCUACGCAACGUCGCCGGGGGCAACGGCGAAGACGACGACGACGCCGAGGCUACCUUCAUGGAGGACAACAACGGAGAUCACGGCGGGGGUGCGGAGGGAGACGGCAACGGCGGUGCGGCGGCCCCUGUGGACGGCCCAUCCCCGAUGUCUCUCCUGUCGAACACUCUCUCAGCAAUCGGCCUCGCGGUCGGGGUAAAUUCCUGCGGAAAGCCACCCAGGUCGCCCAGGGCUAGCAAGGGCUCCCCCAGGCUCAGCGUUAGCGGUAGCGGCAGUUCCCCGAGGGUUUCUCCGAGGAGCUCUCCGAGAGCUGCUCCGAGAAGCCGCACGUCGCCGUUUUUCGACACUUCCGGGAGCGGCGGCGGCUGCGAGGGCCUCCCGCGUAUGCUGGAAGAAGACGAGGAAGAAGACUUCCCCCUGGGCGUGACUCGGCAAUCUCUGGAGAGCCGAUUGGCGGACGCGGCGGCCGCGAGCUCGAGCCUGGCGGCCGUCGCUCACAGGGCCUCCUUGGAAAACAUGCAGAACAACAGCCCGGCUACCUCGCUGAGCCCUUUCACCAAGAGCAGCACCACAGUCAGGCGGACCUCGACUAGCCGCUACAACGUCAACGGCGAGCCGAGCUCCGUGGUGUCGGAGGAGGUCAGCGAAGAGUCGUCGGUCACGGUAACCUCCGCCGCCUGCGGGUGCCACCACCAGCAUGGCUGCGCCAUCGGGGCCAUCGGCGGGCAGAUGCCGGCGGGCGAGAACGGUUUCUCGGUCGAGGUCCGGGACCGGCUGAAGGAGCUUCAGGGGAGGACGUCCACGCUGGAGCAGGAGAAGGUCAACCUCACGCUGGCCCUGGCGCCGCUCGAGGAGAGGCUGCAGGCGAAGGAGAGGGCGUGGGAGUCGGAGCGGCGCGAGCUCGUGUCGAGGUCGGAGGCGAACCUGAGGAGCGCGAGGGUCGCGGAGGACAGGUGCCGCGAGGUGGAGAGGCGCAAGUCCGAGAUGGAGGAGGAAAGGCACUCGCUGGACGCGGAGCUUCGGCGGCUGAGGGGGGAGAUCGAGCAGAGGGAGAGCAAGACGGCGGCCAGCUUCUGGCAGAGGACGGUGGCGGCCGACAGGGAGAAGACGCGCCUGGAGAACGCCCUAGACCAAGCCGAGGCAAAGGUGGUGACCUUGGGUAAGGAAAAAUCCGAGCUUGAGGCAGGGUUGAUGCCCAUCCAGUCCGAGAACAGCUCUCUCAAGUUCCGGCUCAUCGAGGCAGAAAAGGAGAAGGAGCGUAAAGCUGGGGACGACAUCUCCAACUUGAGAAUGGAAAUGCAGCGGCUUCAGGAGACGAUCUGCAGCCAGGCCGAUCGCGUGGUGGCGGCCUCCAUGUCCGAGCUAAGCCCAACCAAUGACACCGGCGGCCGGGCCAUGGUGACAGCGCAAGCGGAAACAGGAUCGGCGGUUGCGCUAUCAGACGCCACACUCUCGUCGGAGGCGGCUCGCAUCAGGCAGCAGGAGCUGUCCAGCCUGAGGACUCGGCUGGAGGCCUCCCUGGAGCGAACCAGGGUGCUCGAGAAGCAGGUGGAGGAGGGGGAGGAGGAGCGCCGCCGCAUGCACAACGCCAUCCUGGACCUGACGGGCAGCGUGCGGGUGUACGUCCGCGCCAGGCCUUUCCUCAAGUCGGACGGAGAGCAGGCGACCGAUCAGGGCGAGGCAGUGGUUCGCUGCGGCGCCGACGCUACCUCGAUUGCGGUACUACCUCCGGACGCGCCCAACCGAUCUAUAUCCUGCGCAUUCGACCAUGUGUUCGGUGGUCACGCUAGCCAGGAGGACGUGUUCAAGGAGGUGUCGAGCUUCGUGCAGUCCGCGCUGGACGGGUACAAGGUGUGCCUGUUCAGCUACGGGCAGACGGGCAGCGGCAAGACCCACACCAUGACGGGCUCCGGGACCGGGAUGAUGAGGGGCAUCGUGCCCAGGGCGGUCGAGCACAUCCUGGCCAGGGUCGGGGAGCUUCAGGACGGCCCCUGGAAGUACGGCGUGCAAGCCUCCUUCCUCGAGAUCUACAACGAGGAGCUGCGCGACUUGCUGGUGGGGCACGGCGGCGGCGGCGGCGGCGACGGCUCCUCGGCGAAGCUGUCCAUCAAGAAGUCCGCGGGCGGGGGCACCGAGGUGUCCGGUCUCACCAAGUACGACAUCGACACCGACGACCAAGACCAAGGACUGGUGGAGCUGGGUGAGAUAAUGCGCGCGGCACAGAGGAGCCGUAGCGUCGCGUGCACGGCCAUGAAUGCCGAGUCUUCGCGCAGCCACAGCGUGUUCACCCUGUGGCUCACGGGGGUGGAUGCGUCUACGGGCACGACUCUCCAGGGGGUCCUCCACCUGGUCGACCUUGCCGGCAGCGAGAGGCUGGACCGGUCCGGUGUCGGGAACGACGCCCAGCGGCUGAGGGAGACGCAGGCGAUCAACAAGUCCCUCAGCUGCCUGGCGGACGUGUUCUCCGCCCUCUCGGCCAAAGCGUCGCACGUCCCCUUCAGGAACUCCAAGCUCACCUACCUCAUGCAGGACUGCUUGUCGGGGGACGGGAAGGCGCUCAUGUUCGUCAACCUGUCUCCGACGGCGGCGUCGGCGAACGAGAGCGUCUGCAGCCUCCGCUUCGCCAACC